AUGUUACAGACUGAAAUAGCAAAACGCUUAAACGCAAUCAUCGCCCAAGUGCUGCCCUUCCUCGCCCAAGAACAUCAACAACAAGUAGCCACAGCUGUCGAAAGGGCCAAACAAGUCACGAUGGCUGAGCUAAAUUCUAUCAUAGGGCAACAAAUUCAUGCCCAACAACUGCCACACGGAGCCCACGGGCCCGGUCUCCCAAUGGGUCCCCAUCCCGGUCUUCCUGGCAUGGGUCCUGCUGGUCUGCUAGGUUUCGGAGCUGGUCUCGCCGCUGGAGUUCCGGGAGCGCCGGGAGGACCCCACCCAGCCGUCUCCGGUGCAGCACAUCCCAUGCUAAAGCCGGCUGAUCUGCAUGCUAGGGAUCCCCAAGAUCUCAAAAGGCCUAGUAGCACAAAUGCCGAAGAAAGACUGAACUCCGUUUCACCUGGUGAUAGAGACAAAUAUAGGUCAAGAUCUCCCACAGAAGUCGAUACUGUGAAACGAAGAAAAGAAGACAAAUUAGGUCAUGAAAGUGAUGGAGAAAAAAGUGAUCAAGACUUAGUUGUGGACGUAGCCAAUGAGGAAGCAUCAUCGCCCCAUACGAAUGGAGAACACGUAACAUUAGGAAAUUCCAGUGAAAUUAGAGAAAAUGGCAGUACCAACGGUGAUAAAAUCAAAGUCGAAAGACCUCCUAGUAGAAGCGGCUCAUCAUCUUCGAGGAGUACCCCAUCUUUAAAAAGCAAAGACGAAAAACCCCUCACCCCCGGAUCGAAACAACGCUCUACGACACCUAAUCUCGGAGCAGGACCAGCUCCAACUGCCAAAGUGGGCCAUGCAGGUCAGUACCCACCCUAUCCUCUUGGUGCUGCUAGAGGACCAGAGCAUUUAAGUCCCUACAAUAACGUCGCCCCUUCGCCCUACAGUCGACCCGCAAUAUUAGGAUACGACGGACAUCCCCAUACAAGAGCGCCUGGAAUAGCAACGAAUGGUAUGGGCGCCAUACCUGGAGGAAAACCGGCCUAUUCUUUUCACAUGAAUGGCGAAGGCCAACUUCAACCAGUACCAUUUCCGACGGAUGCUCUAAUAGGACCGGGAAUACCGAGACACGCACGUCAAAUCAAUACCCUUAGUCAUGGCGAAGUUGUUUGUGCAGUGACUAUUUCCAACCCAACCAAAUAUGUAUAUACUGGCGGAAAAGGAUGUGUCAAAGUUUGGGAUAUCAGCCAACCUGGAUCAAAGAGCCCUGUUUCUCAAUUGGACUGUUUACAACGAGACAAUUAUAUUAGGUCAGUCAAACUACUGCCCGACGGCAGGACAUUAAUUGUAGGAGGAGAAGCUUCUAAUUUAUCAAUAUGGGACUUGGCUAGUCCUACACCUAGAAUAAAAGCCGAAUUGACAUCUAGCGCACCAGCAUGUUAUGCCCUGGCUAUUAGUCCCGACUCCAAAGUGUGUUUCAGUUGUUGUUCGGAUGGUCAUAUAGCAGUAUGGGACUUACAUAAUCAGACGUUGGUGCGACAGUUCCAAGGACACACAGACGGCGCUUCUUGUAUAGAUAUUUCUUCGGAUGGUACCAAGUUAUGGACAGGAGGACUCGAUAAUACGGUUCGCAGUUGGGAUCUUCGAGAAGGCAAGCAAUUACAACAACACGACUUCAGUUCCCAGAUCUUCUCUUUGGGUUAUUGCCCCACGGGAGAAUGGCUGGCAGUUGGAAUGGAGAAUUCUCACGUUGAAGUGUUGCACGCCACGAAAGCAGACAAAUAUCAGUUGCAUUUACACGAGAGCUGUGUACUUAGUUUGAGAUUUGCAACGUGUGGCAAAUGGUUCGUUUCUACCGGUAAAGAUAACUUGCUGAAUGCUUGGAGGACGCCAUAUGGAGCCAGUAUAUUCCAAUCCAAAGAAUCCUCAAGUGUUCUGAGUUGCGAUAUCUCCACUGACGACAAAUACAUAGUAACAGGAUCUGGAGACAAAAAGGCAACAGUGUACGAAGUGAUAUACUAA